AUGAGCAGUUUUCAAGAGCAACAAGCAUUGGAGCAGUCACUCAGCAAUUUAGACUCCAUCAGACCAUUGAUGGAUGAGUUGCGGCAAAGCCUCCAAGAACAUUUAAAGAAUAUAGAACAACUCGUCAUUAGAAAGCGUGCAAACUACGAAAAAGCACUGGCAGAGCUCGAAAGCCAAAAGAAUGAACUCAACAUAAAAAUAAAGAAGUAUGAUGAAGAGAAAAAUCAGAUCAGUUUAAUAUUAAGAAGAGAGAUAGAAGACAAAGAGAAAACGUCGAUAAAAGUGCGAGAGAUGAAGGCCCAGCAAGAAAGACUUACGAAACAGUCUGAGAAGUUUCAUAGUGAUAUCAAGAGGUUGGAUGGUGAAAUUGAGGCUAAGGUGCAAAAGCUCAAUGAUGAAAAAGCUAUGCUAUCAGACCAAAAAUCAAAAAUAACAGAUAAAACAUUUCAAUUUGAACAAAUGCUAGGGAUGAGAAUAGAGACAGGCGGAGAGAAUAAUUCUAUAAGUUUUAUCUUCAAAAAUGUCGAUCCUGAUAAUUUUCAGCGGGAGGUGAACUUUGUUUUGGAUCCAGCAAAGUAUCAAAUUGUUAAGACGAGCCCUGAGUUGCCCGAUACUGUAGUGUCUGAAAUUAUGGAUCGUUUUGCUAAGCACAAGGAAAUCGGAUAUUUAUGGCGAGAUAUGAGGAUCAAGCUAAGGGAGAAACUCCUUGAAGAAUCAGAUUAG